AUGGAGGAGGAUGGCGGCGCCGGCAGUAGGGAGUGGCUUGUGGCUGGGGCGGGCACCGGCAGCGACGGCGGCGGCACGGGCGGAGUCGGAGGAGGGCCCAACGCUGGUGGCGGUGCGAAGCCCCCGCAGGCACUACCGAAGAGCAUCGGCGAGGUGCGGGGCAUCCUGGAGCACAACCGCGUGCUGAUCCAGGAGAUCAGCCAAAACCAGGAAACCCACGACACGGACGGGCUGACCCGCAACGUGUCGCUCAUCCGGGAGCUCAACACCAACAUCGCCCGCGUCGUCGACCUCUACGGCGAACUGUCGAGCUACUACGCCCACGCCGUUGCCGCCAAGAAGGCCGCCGCCGCCGCCGGUGCCACGGCGGCAGCAGCAGGCGACAAGGGGGCCCCCAAGAGGCCCCGCUCCUCCAGCGCCGGGCAGCAGCAUUAG